AGCACACAGUUGGUCUUCCCCGGACUACAGGAGGCCCCAUGCAGAACUCGGUGCCCCCAGGGUCGGGCAGCAUGGUCUCCGGAGCCAGUCCUGGGAGUCUUGGCUUUCUAGGCAGCCAGCCACAGGCAGCCAUCAUGAAGCAGAUGCUAAUGGAUCAGCGAGCCCAGCUGAUGGAGCAUCAGAAGCAACAGUUCCUUCGGGAGCAGAGGCAGCAGCAGCAGCAGCAGCAACAGCAGCAGCAGCAACAACAGCAGCAGCAACAGAUCAUGGCUGAGCAGCAGUUGCAGCAGUCGCACCUGCCUCGCCAGCACCUCCAGCAGCAGCGGAAUCCAUACCCAGUGCAACAGGUCAAUCAGUUCCAAGGUCCACCCCAGGACAUAGCAGCCGUGAGAAACCAGGCAGCCCUCCAGAGCAUGCGGACGUCAAGGCUGAUGGCACAGAAUGCAGGCAUGCUGGGAAUGGGACCUUCCCAGAACCCAGGGACAAUGGGCACGGCAGCAUCCCAGUCAGAGAUAGGACUGGCCCCUUACAGUGCCCCUCCGACCAGCCAGCCCGGAAUGUACAACAUGAACACAGGGAUGACCCAAAUGUUGCAGCACCCCAACCAAAGCGCCAUGGGCAUCCUCCACAACCAAGCCCAGGGACCCAGGCAGCCAACCUCUAGCCAAGGGGUAGGCAUGGUGAGUGGCUUCGGUCAAAGCAUGCUGGUGAACUCGGCUCUUUCCCAGCAGCACCAGCAGCUGAAAGGACCCCUGGGCCAGGCCUUGCCUAGGCCUCAAGGCCCACCAAGGCUCCAAAGUGUCAUGGGAACUGUCCAGCAAGGUACGCAAAGCUGGCAACAGAGGAGCUUGCAGGGCGUGCCUGGGAGGACUAGUGGAGAGCUGGGACCGUUCAACAAUGGCGCCAGCUACCCACUUCAAGCUGGUCAGCCAAGACUGACCAAACAACACUUCCCACAGGGAUUGAGUCAGUCAGUCAUGGACGCUAAUGCUGGCGCCGUGAGAACCCUCAAUCCAGCGGCUAUGGGACGGCAGAUGAUGCCCCCGCUGGCAGGACAGCAAGGUACCAGCCAGGUGAGGCCAUUGGUCAUGUCUGGCCUGAGCCAGGGUGUCCCUGGCAUGCCGCCAUUCAGCCAGCCCCCAGCACAGCAGCAGAUAGCAGGUGGCAACUUUGCUGCGAGCAACCAGGGCCAGGCCUAUGAGCGGAACCCAGCUCAGGAUAUGUCGUACAAUUAUAGCGGUGAGGGUGCCGGGACGUCGUUCCCUGGCCUCCCAGACAGUACAGACCUCGUGGACUCCAUCAUCAAAAGUGGUCCAGGGGAUGAGUGGAUGCAAGAGCUGGAUGAACUGUUCAGUAGCCCCUAGUCAGGAGGGGCCCAAGAGCUGUACUGCUGGAAGCCUCACAAGUGAAAAAGAAACAGGAUGGUGACCCAUCCUUGUUUUUUUUUUCUUGUUUGUUUGGUUUUUUUGACCCAUGUAAACUAAGACAACAACACUCGGCUGACAGCAGAAGGUACAGGUGACGAUCCCCAGCUCCGUGGGACAUCUUUACAUCUGACUUCUGCAGAACAAUCAAGAGGAGGGUCCGUGCAGACCUCUGCUCACACAGAACGGAUAUGGAGAGCAGGUGGGGAAGUCGAGGCAACAGAAGCUCCUCUGCUAAGCACCCCUGGGAUCUUCUGGUCCAGAAAGAGCUGUUCCAGGCCCAGAGGGACUAGAGCCCAAGAUGAGGUUCCCUUAGGCCUUCCUGCCUCAGGUCCCAAGACCUCAGCUUUGGAAACAGGAAACAGAGCCUCGGCCAGAAAAAGUCCAGCAGAGGAUGUACACAGGCCGUGUGCAGAGGUCAGAGUGCUCUGAAUGCCGGUUGGAAAGAGAUGUAUACUUCCAGACCCUUGCCUGGAUUUGGAGGCAGGAACGGUGAGCUCGCCUGAGCUGGCCCUAGGGAGGCAAGCAAGGAUCCUUCAGGCCUGUGCGUCUCCUGUCCAGCAAUGACCCUCAGGAAUGGUAAGGCGUUGCUGCCAGCUGCCUCACCAAGAUAGCCAACUAUGCGUGAGAAGGGCCCGGUUUGUGGCCCUGACGGUCAGCUUCUGCCAGUGGCUGUGGUGGCCAUCACCCUAGGCUGAGCCGAGCCUCCUGGAGCCCUCGUCCGCUUUGACACAUCUACCCGGUUCUCAUCUGCUUAUGGCCAUAGGAUGGAGAGACCCCUGCUGAAGUCAGUGUCUGCCCGCCAGGCCCCUGCCACCCUCACCAUCGCCCCUCCUCCUCUGUGCCAGCCUGCCUUUGCUACUCCUACAGACUCCAGGAAGUGGAGCGCUGGGGCAGAGUCAGAGUAAACACAAGAAGAAUACGGACAGCGCCCGGCAUGCAGAGGCAAUACUGGAAUCUUCUUCCACCGUGUGGAAAGCCAAAUGUCUCCGCAGGAGCAGAGUGGGCUGCACUGACUGACGAAAGCUGCAGGUUUAUAAAAGCCACACCCACACACAUCUGCUAUCCCCGCGCCCCCCACCCCAGGAAGAACGACCUGAAGAUCCCCAGUUCUUUCAGAUGGUGCCAGCGACGACGACACCCCAGGAUCUGUCUAGCUUAUCAAUCACAUCAUCAGAAAGACAAAUAUCAAAUGCUGCAGAUGGAAAAGAUGAAAAAGACCAUAACUCCAUCUUACCAAAUUGGAUGCUA